AUAAAUUUUGGACGAGAUAUAACCAUCUAAUAUAUCCAUGGUAAUAAAAUAAAUAUGAAUAAUAAUACAAAAACAGUAAAAAUCUGUCAAAUAUGUGGCGAUUAUAAACAAGUUGGCCGUAAUUACGGUGCAAUUACUUGUGAAACUUGUAAAGCAUUCUUCCGUCGACUGUCCCUUAAAGACAACAAUUGUAUUGAAUGUGUUUCGGACGGCAAUUGUAUUAUAACAUCACAAACGAGAAAAAUGUGUCAGAAAUGCCGACUCGACAAGUGUUUGGCCGUCGGAAUGAAAUCCCAAAUCAUACGAAGCGAUGAGGAAAACGAGUGGAGACGACGGAUGGGCGAAGAGAAACGCCGACAAAAACUACUGAAAACAACGAGUUCUUCAUCUCUGGAGUCAAAGACAAUGACUAUUAGUUCCGACUCUUCUCAGGAGUGCAACGAAAUCGACGUUUUGAUUGACUCGACGGCAGAUAUCAAUGACGAAGUACUCAACGGACAGAUUAUGGACAUCGAGAACAGCUGUCAUUUAGACCAAGAGCUAAAUGACAGCCAAUUGCCGGCAAUUCCGGUGUUUGAAUCACUCGUUGAUUAUAAUGGCAUAAAUCAACUCCAGUUAAAGCGUAUAUCAGAGCUGUUGGGGGCGUCCAAAGUGUUUACCUAUCCAUCGAGUAAAACGAUCAUGGAAAUUCCGGACAUGUAUGAAAUAUUUCGGUUUGCAAUGUUGCGCAUGGAAUGUCACAUUAAUGAGAUUACCACGUUCACCAAACAACUCGAUGGUUUUGCCACUAUAUGUAGUGAAGAUCAGUUGACUUUACUUAAAACGGGUUGUUUUGAAGUAUUAAUGUUUAGAUUUGUGUUGGAUUUUACUCCCGAGAGACAGGAGAAAUUGCUCUGGGUGAAUAAUGAAUAUUCUUUGAGAGUAUGCAAACAAUUGCCAGAAUUUACUAAAUGGACGGGUUAUGAGUGGUAUCAACGGUUCUUACAUAAUGUGGAUCCAGUGUGGAAAAGCCGUAAUUACGGUGCGAUUACUUGCGAGACAUGUAAAACAUUUUUCCGUCGGCUGAGUCUCAAAGACAACAAUUCUAUGGCAUGUGUUUCGGACGGCAAUUGCAUUAUAACACAAAAGACCCGAAAAGUUUGCCAGAAAUGCCGACUCGACAAGUGUUUUGCUGUGGGAAUGAAAUCUCAAAUCAUACGAAGCGAUGAGGAAAACGAGUGGAGACGACGGAUGGGCGAAGAGAAACGCCGACAAAAACUACUGAAAACAAUUAGAUCUUCAUCUCUGGAGUCAAAGACAAUGACUAUUAGUUCCGACUCUUCUCAGGAGUGCAACGAAAUCGACGUUUUGAUUGACUCGACGGCAGAUAUAAGUAACGAAGAACUCUUUGGACAGAUUAUGGACAUCGAGAACAGCUGUCAUUCAGACCAAGAGCUAAAUGACAGCCAAUGGCCGGCGAUUCCUGUGCUUAAAUCACUCGUUGAUUAUAACGGCAUUAAUCAACUCGAGUCCAAACGCAUAUCAGGGCUGUUGGGGGCGUCCAAAGUGUUUGACUACCCAACUAGUAAAUUGAUCAUGGAUAUAAGUGACAAGGGUGAAAUGUUCCGCUUUGCAAUGCUACGCACAGAGUGUCAAAUCAAUGAGAUUACUACAUUCACUAAACAACUAGAAGGUUUUACUUCAAUAUGUGAUCAAGAUCAGUUGUCACUACUUAAGAGCGGGUGUUUCGAAGUAUUAAUGUUUAGGGUUGCCCUGAAAUUCACACCAGGGCGACAGGAGCAAAUGAUCCGGGUG